UGGAUUCAUUGCACUUGGGCUGAGGAGGAUUGGCUUUAAUGUAUCUGAAGACCGACCUCUUAAAAAUAAAAGGUGCAGAGAAAGGCAGAGGCUUGUAACAGACCUCACAAUUUCCUCCUCUUCUCCUUUUUUUUUGCCCUCCCAGUUAGGGUUUCUACUGCUGCAGAUGAUCUCGGGAGUUCGAUUUUUGUCAUGCAUUCGGUUGUUCUUGGAAUGCAUCUGGUUUUUUGCGUCUUGAUCUUGGUUGAUUUGUUCUUUUUUCCUCUCGGUCGAGGGUUUUCCUGUGAGAAUCAGGGCGAAUUCGGCUUCCUAUUCCGAUGCCUACUCUCGUCAAUUACAGUGGAGAUGAUGAUUUCUAUCCUGGCUCGCGAUAUGCGAAUCCAACGGAUUCAAGCCUCUUGCUCUCUCUUGGCCCUCAUGUGGAUGUGUUCUGUCUUCCUCGCAAGAGAUCUCGCAUCAGUGCACCUUUUGUCUUCAGAGGAGAUGAGCUUGAACAGAAGAAGCGACUUUCUAUUGAUGUUCUUCCCGAUGAGUGCCUCUUUGAGAUCUUCAGAAGACUACCUGGAGGCCAGGAGAGGAGUUCCUGUGCUUGUGUCUCAAAGCGCUGGCUCAUGCUUCUGAGCAGUAUUCGUAGCACUGAUAUAUGUGGCAGCAGAAACAUAGACUCCUUGAAGCCUGGUGAGGGAUUGGUUUCAAGUGAGGCAGAUGAGUCUUCAAAUCUUGACAAGGAAAGUACUCUUCCAAUUGCCAGUGAAAAUGAGGAGCAGGAUCUUGAGAGUGAUGGACAUCUUAACAGGUGCUUGGAAGGGAAGAAGGCAACUGAUAUCAGACUCGCUGCCAUUGCUGUUGGAACUAGCAGUCGUGGGGGUCUGGGUAAGCUAUUGGUCCGUGGAAGCAACACUACUCGCGGGGUUACAGAUUUCGGUCUUUCAGCAAUUGCACGUGGUUGCCCCUCCCUCAAGGUUCUCUCUCUUUGGAAUGUGUCUUCUAUCAGUGAUGAGGGUCUAUCUGAGAUUGCGAAUGGAUGCCAUAGGUUGGAAAAGUUGGACCUCUGCCGGUGUUCUCAAAUAUCUGACAAAGGCUUGAUUGCAAUAGCGAAGAACUGUCCAAAUUUGACUGCUCUUGCAAUUGACUCUUGCCCAAAUAUUGGGAAUGAGGGUCUGCAAGCAAUUGGCAAACGCUGCCCCAAUCUUCAGUCAAUUUCAGUCAAGGACUGCCCUCGUGUUGGGGAUCAAGGAGUUGCUAGUCUUUUAUCUUCCACCUCUUAUGUCAUGACAAAGGUGAAGCUUCAGGGUGUGAGCUUAACUGAUGUCUCUCUUGCUGUUUUAGGUCACUAUGGUUUGGCUGUUACAGAUAUAGUCCUUACAGAUCUUGAGAACGUUAGUGAGAGGGGCUUUUGGGUAAUGGGUAAUGCUCAUGGUCUGCAGAAGCUCAAGUCCAUUACAAUUACUUCUUGCCAGGGGGCUACAGAUCUUGGUCUUGAAGCCCUUGGAAAGGGAUGCCCUAACUUGAAGCAGUUGUGCCUUCGCAAUUGUUCAUUCCUAUCUGACAAUGGACUGGUAGCUUUUGCCAAAACAGCGGUUUCCCUCGAGUGCCUGCAAUUGGAGGGGUGCGACAAGGUCACUACGCUUGGGGUUCUUGGUGCUCUUUCAAACUGUGGAGGAAAGUUGAAGGUUCUCAGUUUAGUUAAAUGCAUGGGCAUCAAGGAUAUGAUUUUGGCAUUGCCGGUGCUCUCUCCUUGCAAAUCUCUGCUGUCCUUGUCCAUUCGUAAUUGCCCGGGUUUUGGUAGCUCAAGCUUGGCAAUGGUGGGUAAGUUGUGCCCACAGCUGCAACAAAUAGAUCUGGGUGGGCUCUGUGGAAUAACAGAUGCAGGGAUUCUUCCACUUCUUGAGAGCUGUGAGGCAAGUCUUGUCAAAGUUAACGUCAGUGGUUGCAUAAAUUUGACAGAUUCAGUGGUUAAAGUCAUUGCCAGGCAUCAUGGUGAGACUCUUCAAGUGCUAAGUCUUGAUGGCUGUAGAAAGAUCACUGAUGCGAGCUUAGUGGCAAUUGCAGAGAGCUGCCCACUACUUUAUGAUCUUGAUGUCUCCAAGUCCGCGAUCACUGAUUUUGGCAUUGCUGCUCUGUCUUCCACAAAGCUGCUUGACUUGCAAAUCUUGUGUGUUUCAGGUUGUUCUAAUGUGACAGACAAGAGCCUUCCCUUCCUGGGAAAACUGGGUCAGACUCUAGCUGGGUUAAACCUGCAACAAUGCAAAUCAAUCAGCAGCAGGGCAGUCGAGCUACUUGUGGAGCAUCUGUGGAGAUGCGACAUCCUUUCCUAAAAAUGGAGAGGAAUGGAACAUCCUCUGCAGAAAAGAAGGCAGAGGUGAAGGAUGGAGGUUGGGUGAACCAAGAGUUUGCAAGACAUCCAGCACCACCUAGCGUGUAUGGUAGCAGUGAUCAGCAGCAGCAGCAGUUGUAGUAUAGGUUUUUUUGGGCCCAUAUGCAGUGGGGUCUUCUGGUUUUCUCACACUGGUGACUUGGUUGUUUUCCAGGACUUUGGCCAAUCAUUCUUUUUUGCAGGUAUUCCGUUCAUGAGGAACCUGUUUCAGGUGUUUUGGGCUACCACUGGUGGGGAUGCCUUCUGGCCAUAGUUCCCUGUGAAUACAGUUACCAGGUCCCAGUUUUAGGUUUCACUUGUAGUUUCUGUCAUUGUCUUUGAUAGGAUAAUGGUUUUUAGCAUAGCCUCGUAGUAUUCAUACUGGAUUGCGGGUGCUAGGCUUCCUCUGCUCAAGUCAAGUCAUACACGUAUGUUUUCGGGUCUCUGUCCAUGUUGGUUUUACCGAGUCUUCUACGUGUUUGAACUUUUCAGUCCUCUUGAUGUUGGGGGUUGUGUGUUUUUCCUUCAGGGUUGUUGGGUACAUCGUUGUGUUGUUGUAGUUGCUUUUGGCAGUUCUAAGUUUGGUGCCUGAGUUCAUGGGUUUUGGCAGUGGCAGCCUCUUCUGGUCUGCCAUGACGGCCUUGAGUCGUUUUUUUUUUUUUUAUAUACCAAGCCCUAGUUUUCCAGGCUUAUGAUGUGAACUGUACUCUGCAACUUUUUUAUUUAUGUUAAUGGAAUAAAUAUGCUGUGUGUUAAAUA